AUGAAUAGGAGAAGCCUCUGCAUUUUCCUCCUCCCUGUUUCUCUACUUCUAUCAUGCCUACUACAACAAACUCAUGCAGUCAGAUACGUCGUGACAAAUACCGUCCCCAACACUCCGGGAGGCCAGUUGUUCGACAGAGAAAUCGGGGUUAAUUUCACCUUAUCAAUCAUGCCAACUAUCAAUGAUUUCAUUUAUAAAGUCUUUGAAGAAAGAAGCCCUGCAGAGAGAAGGAAUGUGCCUGUUUUGAAUGUAUACAUCUCUGAAUUCCCAGGUUAUGCAUACAAAAAUGGUGACAACAUCAAUAUAAGCGCGUCAGCACUGUACAACAUGUACCGUCCUAGGUCAGUUUCAAAGUGGAUGUUCACUUCUGUAAUGUACCAUGAAAUGACUCAUGUGUUCCAAUGGCAUGGUAAUUUUGGAGCCCCGGGAGGCCUCACGGAGGGGACUGCAGAUUAUGUGAUGGUCAAGUCCGGCUACUAUAAUCAGGCGUAUUAUACUAGACCCGGUGCAGGGAAGAGGUGGGACGAAGGUUAUGGUGUGACAGAGAGGUUUUUGGAGUAUUGUGACAGUUUGCUACAAGGUUUCACUGCAAAACUGAACAAGAAGAUGAUGUACAAAUACAGUGAUGUGUAUUGGGUUGAGUUGCUGGGGAAACCAGUGGAUCAGCUUUGGAGAGAGUACAAAGCCAAGUAUGGGAACCAACCUGCAGAAGACUCUAUUGAUAUAUUUCAAGGUUUGAAGUACUAA